AUCAGGCGUCCCGCUGAGACGAUGUUUAAAGUGUUUCUGUUCCAGCUCUGAGCUGCAUUUGGAUCACGAACCGUCCCAGACUGAACCCGACCGGACACAGACGAUUAUCUGAGGAUUGAGGAGGAAGAAAGAAAACGGUGUGAAGGAGAAAACAUUCAUUUUCUCACCUUCAACUCAAACUGAUCCUCAGUUUGGUGCGAAGGACACCGUUCUCAUUCACAAAACACUCCUGGAGCCCACAGGUGGAUUAGCUCGUCACGUCACGUCUCCGCGCUCGGUAUUUUUAACCGGCUUUACGGAGAGUCGCUCAGCGGGAGAAGCGACGCGUCUUAAGAACAGAGCGGGCGUUAAACGGAGCCGCAGCUGGAGAUUCUUCCAUUCAUGACUCUUUAGACGCUCGGGAAGCCAUACGGUAUGUCUGUGCAAAACCCGCUUCAGGUGGUGAACAUCCCCUGGAGGAACAACAACUUCAGCCUGAUGAGCCGCGACCCGCCGCUGUCCGACCAGGGAGAGACGAUCAUCGGCGUCUACCUGCUCAUUCUGGGUUGGUUGUCGUGGUUUGGCAACAGUAUCGUGAUCUUCGUCCUGUUCAAGCAGAGAUCGUCUCUCCAGCCCACCGACUAUCUGACGCUCAACCUCGCCAUUUCUGACGCCAGCAUCUCCGUGUUCGGAUAUUCCCGAGGAAUCCUUGAGAUCUUCAACAUCUUCAGGGAUAAUGGAUACCUCAUCACCUCCGUGUGGACGUGCCAGGUUGACGGCUUCUUCACGCUGGUGUUUGGUUUGGGCAGCAUCAACACACUGACCGUCAUCAGCAUCAGCAGAUACAUCAAGGGCUGUCAUCCAAAUAAAGCUCACUGCAUAACCAACACCGCCGUGCUGAUGUGUGUCAUCUUCAUCUGGACGGGAGCCCUGUUCUGGUCCGGAGCGCCCAUCCUCGGCUGGGGAAGCUACACGGAUCGUGGAUACGGCACCUGUGAGAUCGACUGGGUCAAAGCCAAUUACUCCACCAUCCACAAGUCCUACAUCAUCUCCAUCCUCAUCUUCUGCUUCUUCGUCCCCGUGCUGAUCAUGCUGUUCUCGUACAUCUCCAUCAUAAACACGGUGAAGAGAGGAAACGCCAUGUCAGCGGAGGGAGAUCUGACCGACAGACAGCGCAAGCUCGAGAGAGACGUCACCAUCGUGUCUAUAGUGAUUUGCACAGCGUUCAUCUUGGCCUGGUCUCCGUACGCGGUGGUGUCCAUGUGGUCUGCGUGGGGUUUCCACGUGCCGAGUCUCACCAGCAUCUUCACGCGGCUCUUCGCCAAAUCUGCCAGCUUCUACAACCCGCUUAUCUACUUCGGCCUGAGCUCCAAGUUCCGCAAAGACGUGAGCGUGCUGCUGCCCUGCGGUGUUGACGGGAAAGACACAGUCAAGCUCAAGCGCUUCAAGAAGAUCAAAGGAAAAGCGGACGGCGCGUCUCCCGGAGCCCCACGCCAGAGAUUCAGAACCGACGCUGACGACAACCGCGACUUACACAAGAACGAAAAAAAAUAUCAUCUGGGACGUGAGCCGGCAAACCCCGCCCCCAGCCCUGACUCGGGGGUGGGCAGUCACCCAGAGACUCCGCCCCCUGCAGGUAAACAGGUGUUCUUCAUCGAUGUGCCCGAGCCGUCAGACACGUCCGAAUCCGAAUGCAUCAGACUGUAGAUCAUCAGCAAUUAUGAGUUUGAUUUUUAUAUUUCAGCUACUUUAUGAAAUGUCAUAACCAUAAACAGCAUUAAAAGCUAUUUUUGUAAAUGAUGGAUGUAAAAUGUGAACUGUUGUUUUUUUUAAUA